AUGCGCGUAGGGAAAACAUCGAAUAUGGAACUCGAUGCAAUCUACAACGCAUACCUUCCAAAGAAACGGAUCGUUCCGUCGGACACGAUGGUGCACCUUGAUUGGAAACGCGCGCAGCAGCUCGCGGCAAAGGUGCACCGUCACGGCGUAGUGUUUUUCCCCAUCUUCAUUAUGAAGCACUGGAUUGCAGGGCUUUUGGAGAAAGGGACGCGGGACUCAGCAGAAAUACAGCUGAGCAUCCUCGACUCCGCACCUUCUCCCAUAGUAGAAGAUAAGCUGCGUAAGCACUUCAAAAUGGUCUGGCCGGCUUUGCGUUUGGUGAAGAGAUUUUCACCACGUCAGGAACGCUAUAGCGACGACUGCGGUUUGUACAUGUCUGCCGUAUUUUUCGGCACGCAUCUGGACAUACAAAUCGACCAUAGCCACGACAUGGCAAAGUGCAUGCGGCGCCUGAUGUACGCGGCGUCGAAACACCACCCGCCACGCGAAUAUUUCCUCGAGAAAAUGAGGAAAAUUCUGACGAACCACCCGGUGUCACGGAAGGAUUUCUUUUACAACGAAAUCGAGCGCAGGCCGUGGUUGAAGAAAACCACGGUGAACCGUGAAGACACUUUCCACUUGGGUGGAGGCGAGAGGCGCGCAACGAAAUCCACGAACCCGAAACGGGAUUCCAGGCGCGCAAACCAGCCGAAAGCACGUGCUCCACAGCCACCUCCUCGACAAAAGAAAAAGGAGGAAACAGUGCGCAAAAAGAUGGACCGGGCUGAUCGCACAAAGCGCAAGCCACAGACGCCUGCACCCGCGUCAAAAA